ACAUCAAGAAUGGACUCGUCCUCCAAAUGGAAUAAUAUUCAUCCACAAUAUCCCUUUGGUUAUGGCGAGAGCAAUGUUUCUUCAAGUUUGUCAAAACUUAAAAUGAGCCGCUCAACACCCCAUAGCGAGUAUGAUCCUGGACUAGGCACAACAGAAUAUGGGACCGACAUGGGAGAUUAUUGGAGCAUUUAUCCAAACGGCAGUGUCUUAGGGAAGUGUGUUGGACGACCUGUCGAGGAACAAACCCAAAGUGUAAGCAUUAAUAAGCAUCCCAAAAAUGAUUUGCCAGCUGCCUCUCCACGCAUUCCGCAGAAGGGUGAUCGACGACAAACCAGAACACUGAAAAAGCAAUAUCCAGAUACUAACCAACAAACAAAAAUGCUUCGGAUGCAGGGCAGAUGUUUUACCCCGGAUUCUUCAACUGUUCAACCUCCACUAUGCAAAGAGUACCAACCAAGUGAACUUAUUUUUGAAAACUCCCCAGAAACCGAGAGUUUGAUCCAAGCUCUGGAAUUGUUGUGCGUUUCAGUCGAAGAAAACAACAGAUCCUACGAACUUGAACUUAGAGAAUUAGACCCCUCACUGACAUUGAGAAGACGUUUUUUAGGGAGUACCAUUUCUGACAACUCCCAACAUCGGACGUCUUUGCUAACCGGUCGAACUGUGAGAACUCGAGGACAAAGGCACGAUCAACUCAGACGAGCUGCAGGUCAUCGUCGGUCGGAAGACAGCGGUCAAAACAGGACAGACAAGGAGGAAUUGACCACAUCAGGUCCAACCUCCAAGUUGGCGGACCAGAGGGCUGUGUUAGUCCAACUUCUACCAAUUGACGCGUUUGGUAUGACAGGCUCUGUUACUGUUACGCGUACACUCCCCGGUGUAGCUCAAUUGGUGGCUGUUGAAGUUCGUGUGGUGUUUUUGAAGAUCGGCGAAAUCGAUACACUGAAGGAACUCUAUUACGCUGAUGCAUUCAUCCAAGCGAAGUGGAGGGAGCCAAAGUUGGAUGGAAGAGUAACUGAAGAACUGACAAUUACGGAACUGGAGCAGUACUGGAACCCUCUGCUAUUCAUUGAUAAUAUUUUGAGCGAAACAAAGGAAACCCAGUGGCUGGUGGCUCAAGAAAACGAUGCCGGUGAAGUUUACCUUGUUGAGAGACGACGGAUUAAGGGAGUAUUUUUGGAGACGUUGGAAUUGAAUGAUUUCCCACUCGAUGUACAGGACCUUACAAUCACUGUAACAACCGAACGACCUGACACGGAAGUGGAUAUCAUCCCUGAUCAAAACGAAAUGUCUGCCAUCAACAUUCAAACCUUCGUUGAUCAACAGGAAUGGAAGCUUCAUGAACACGUGGAAAUCACCAAGCGCAUAAUCAAACAAGAGUAUUCCAGCUCGAUGAAAAGUCAUCCCUGUCUAUCUGUGACGUGUCGUGCGGCAAGACGUCCUGGGUACUUUUAUUGGAACGUAUUUCUUAUUAUGUUCAUGAUAUCUGGCCUAUCCUUUGCCACAUUUGCCGUAUCCCCGGACAAGGCCGAACUUCGACUUCGGCUUUCGUUUACUCUGAUUCUCACAAGCGUUACCUUCAAAUAUGUGAUCACUCAGAGUUUACCCAAGAUAUCCUACUUAACUUAUAUGGACAAAUAUGUGCUCAUGUCUCUGGCAAUUCUCUGCAUCAUCAGUAUUUGGCAUGCUGUGGUUACAUUGCUGGAUCCACAACACAUUGCCAUUCGAAACGGACAAUCGGGCGAAUUGAGUGAUACUUUUGAUUUCACCACGCCAAAGAUUCCAACUCAAUUUGCACACAACGCUUCACGGGGCAAUCUGAGUAAUUCCAAGUGGAAAGGUGCCGAUACCUUCAGAAAUACCACAGAUAUGAAUGGCAACAGUAGCACCGAAGAUUUUGCUUGGAACAAUACAAUAGUCACCGCAACAGUUUUGGAACCCGAAUGUACCCCGACAAACCUGAUGGCAUGUAAAGAAUGGAAAGAAGUUCAAAAAGUGGAACAACACGUCUUCACUUCAUUUGUAAUUAUUUACAUUAUCGCCCACGCCAUAUUCAUCUUUUGGCUCUAUUUUGAUGCCAGCAGAAGAAGACGAGAAAUGAGACAAAAAGAUAGAGAUUACAGA